AUGGGUGAAUGGAUAGAACUCUCUAAAUACCCGCAACCAACACAAACUGGUCAGUGUAACCGUGUUAAAUAUGAGCUGUCAGAAAGUCCUUAUGGCGAAAUAUCCGUAUUGAACAGCCAAGUUGUUAAUGAAGAACUAGCAACGAUAUCAGGAGUGGCUAAUGUCAGCAUUGAUGGAACAGGACAGUUGGAAGUUAAUUACAAUAAUGUAAGCGAAACAUAUUACAUUCUCGCAGUCGACUAUGAUGAAUAUGCUCUUGUGUACAGCUGCUUUAAUAGCGGAAGCGGAAAACGACGAGUCGACAGUUGGGUGUUUAGUAGAACAGGGACUCUGAGUGCAGCGGCCACUAAUGCAAUUAAUCAAGUCAUAAACCAAACACAAGGUCUACUUAAAGAGUAUUACCUACCCACAAGUCAAAGUUUUGCAUCGUGCUUCUACUAUCCAAAGUUUGAUGAACCACAGCAAUUCAUCGAACUGCCUGGCCCUUGCGACACCAGCAUCAGAGGUAUUCCGGACUUCAAUACCACUGCAUAUGAAGGCACGUGGAUAGAAACCGCUAGAUAUCCACAGCUGUGGCAAGUUGGACAGUGUAACCGUGCAAUUUAUACCCCAAUUGAGGGAGGCGGUCUUUCUGUGAUACACAGCCAAAUUACAAAUGGAGAAUUGACCAAGAUACAAGGAAUAGCCAUUGUCGCAAGCGAUGACGGAACUUGGCAGUUGGAAGUUGCUUUCAGUGACAAUAACGAAAUCAGGCGAUCCAACUACUACGUACUGGCAACAGACUACCUCAAUUAUGCACUUGUCUACAGCUGCGCCAAUGUAGACAACGGAAACAAACGACGAGUUGGCAGCUGGAAACUAAGUAGAACUGGAAUACUGAGUAUCCAAGACAAUGCUGCUAUUGAUGCAGUGGUUAGCAGAACUCAAGGUCUCCUUGAAGACUAUUAUCAAAUCACGGAACAGAAUGUUGAAAUGUGUUUCCAAUAUCCCGACAUUGCUCAAAAUGAUGAUAUUAUAAUACCUGGCCAAUGUGACCAAACCAUUUCUGGAGUUGCGUCCUUCGACGUAAAUCAGUUCCAAGGAAACUGGAACCAGAUCAAAAGAUACGACCCUGUUACAACUAUUUGUGUUGGCACGAGAUUUACACCAGAAACCGACAGCAUCAACGUUAUUUCAUAUGAAGUGGUCAAUGGAGAAUUCUCGCUUACGGGAAGAACAGGCAGAUUCAAUUCUACUGAAAGCUCCGGUCAAAUAACUUUAAGCAUGCCAGUUGUGGGUUCAGAAGAAAGUGCUGAUACCAUAGUCUAUAUCCUGGCUACAGACUACACCAGUUACGCGUUAGCGUAUAGUUGCAACAACGUAAACGCCUUUCAAAGACAAGUUCGUGCUUGGCAGUUGAGUCGUGAAAGGACUAUGUCACCAGAUGGAGAGGCAGCCAUCGCAGGUCUGAUACAACAAAGACAAGAGCUCCAUGAACCGUAUUUCAAAACAGUUGAACAACAUGAUAUUUGUCCAGAACCCAGUUCAGCAUUUUUAUUCAAAAGCAGUAUUGUUUUUCUCUGUGUAUGCGCCAUAUUUCAAUUAUUGUUGUAA